AUGUCCAUUGCUGGUGGAGAAACUGCAGUUUCAGUCUUCCUGGAGUUUUUUGCUAAACUGGCUUCUUACGAUCAGAUCCUCAACUUCGUCACCGAAAAGCAGGUCAUCAGGCAACUCAAGGAGUGGCAAAAGAUAUUGCCAAGUAUUCAAGCAGUGCUUAAUGAUGCAGAGGAGAAGCAAAUGAAAGAUCCCAAUGUGGAGAUUUGGUUGACGAAGCUCCAAAACUUGGGUUACGAUGUGGGCGAUGCUUUGGAUGAAUUUGCAGUCGAGGCUUUACAUCGAAAGUCGCAUGAAGAUGAAGCCAACUCGAGUAAGGCUCAAAAACCCAUUGCUUCUUGGUUUAAUAGUUUCAUUAAUUCAAGAGCUUUCACGUUUAAUAAGAAGAUGAUUUCCAAGUUAGAAGAGAUCAGUGAUGAACUUAAUGGUUUGGCAAGAGCGAAAGCUAGAUUGGGUUUGAGAGAGAUUGAUGAAACUGCAAUUUCUAAUAGAGUGAAAUCAAGCCUGCAAUUAACGUCUUUGGUGGGUGAAAAAACUCAUGUUUUUGGUAGGGAGAAGGAGAAGGCGGAAAUACUUGAAUUGCUAUUGGGGAAUCAUAGGAAUGAGAAUGAAGCUCUGAUGAUUCACAUAUUUGGGUUUGGUGGCAUUGGCAAGACAACUCUUGCUCGACUUGUUUAUUCUGAUGAUAACGUAAAGAAGUCUUUCAAUCACAGGUUCUGGAUACGUGUUACGAAGGAUUUCGAUGUCACCUUGGCUACGAAGAACAUUUUGCAGUCGAUUUUUAAUCUGUCUUGUAUAGUUCCCACUCUAGAUAAUCUUCAAGCCAUUUUGAAGGGUAAGUUGUUCGGAAAACACUUUUUACUUGUGUUGGAUAAUGUUCGGAACGAGAAUUACGAUGAUUUGGUUGUCUUGUUAAAGCCAUUCGGUGUUGGAACAAAAGUUAUUUUGAUAUCAAGGAGUUGCGAUGUUUCUCCGGUUGUUGGAAAUGCUAAAGCUUACUUAUUGCAGAAUUUAUCAUAUGGAGAUUGUCUCUCCGUGUUUACUCAUCAUGCAUUGAAAGCUAGUGAUUUUAGUGGGCAUCAAGAAUUGGAGAAGGUUGGGAAAAACAUAGUGAAUAAGUGCAAUGGUUUACCUUUGGCAGCUAAAGUCAUCGGUAGCUUACUAGGCACUCGUGUGGAGUAUGGAGUAUGGAAAGAUGUAUCAGAGAGUGAGAUAUGGGAUUUACCGGAAGAGCGAUGCAGUGUUAUUCCGGCUCUGUUGUUAAGCUAUCAUUAUCUUCCAUCAUAUUUGAAGCGAUGCUUUGCAUACUGCUCUUUAGUUCCUAAAGACUAUGAAUUCGAAGAGGAGGAGAUAAUCUUGUUAUGGAAAGCAGAAGGUUUCCUGCAACAAACCAACUCGAAAACUCACAUUGAAGAUCUUGGUAGCAGAUACUUUCGAGAUCUAGUAUCGAGGUCAUUUUUUCAGACUUCAGUUCAGGAUAAAUACCGGUUUGUAAUGCAUGAUCUAAUCAACGAUCUAGCUCAGUUGGUUUCAGGAGAAAUAUGCUUGAAAUUGGAGGAGGAUAAACAGCCGAAAAUACCAAACGACACUCGGCAUUCAUCUUAUGUUUGUGGCUCGUACGAUGGAGUGGACAAAUUUGCAGCGUUUGAUCACAUGAAACGCUUGCGAACCUUUCUACCAUUUAUGCUGCCAAGAGAUGAGACUUGCUGCAUAACCAACACUGUCCUUGUCGAUUUGUUGCCAAAACUUCGAUGCUUAAGGGUGCUUUCUUUGAAAGGGUAUUGCAUCACAGUGUUACCGGAUGUAUUCGAAAAUUUGGUACAGUUACGCUACCUAAAUUUCUCUCACACUUUAAUCAAAAGUUUGCCUGCUUCAGUAUGCACCCUUUAUAAUUUGGAAACCUUACUAUUAAAGGAGAGCCGGUUAGAGUGGUUACCCAAGGAAAUAGACCUCCUAGUAAACUUGAAUCAUCUUGAUAUCAGUGGUGUAAAGAUGAAAUCAAUGCCCUUACUAAUUUGUAAACUGACCGAUCUUCGGCGGCUGUCGGAUUUUAUUCUGGGAGCUGGUGAUGGACGUCGAAUACGAGAAUUGAGGAAUUUACAUCUUAAGGGUGAUCUUUGUCUUUCGGGGUUGGAGAACAUUGUUGAAACUCAAGAUGCCUUGGAAGCUAAGUUAAUUGACAAACCCGGCCUUGAUGUGUUACGGCUGAUGUGGAGCACCAAUUUUGACAAUGGUAAAAGAGAUAAAACAGUUGAAGAAGAGUUGUUGAAAAUGCUUGAACCUCACAGAGAUCUUAAAGUGAUCGUCGUAGAGAAUUAUGGUGGUACGAAGUUUCCGAGUUGGAUUGCAGAUUCUUCAUUUAAAAACUUGUGGUCUUUGGACCUCAACAACUGCAGAAAUUGCGAAUCCCUGCCAUCAGUUGGAAACCUGCCGCUGCUGAAAGAUCUUUGUAUCAGGGGAAUGCAUGAGGUGACUAAGGUUGGUAUUGAGUUCUUCGGUGAGAACCAACCGAACACAUUCGCAUCAUUGGAGACGUUAUGCUUUAAGGAUAUGUUGAACUGGAAGGAAUGGGACUUUGAUGAAGUUGAUAAGCAAGUUGCAAAGUUUCCCCACCUGUGCGAGUUUUGUAUCGUAAACUGUCCUCAAUUAUCGGGAAGGUUUCCGAACUCUCUCUGUUCAUUAGAGAUACUUGUAAUUCGCCAAUGUAAACAAUUGGUCGUUUCGGUUUCAAACCUCCCUCUGCUGUAUGACAUAGAAAUAGAUGGCUGUAAGGAGUUGGUGCUUAGCGAUGUUGCAGACUUCCCCCCAUUGAGAAAAGUUUCUCUUUCGAAUAUUUCCAAGCUUUCUCCCCUAACUGAGAAGCUGGUGUCAGGCCUAAGCAACCUGGAGCAUCUGAGUAUUAGUAGCUGUAACAAUUUGGUGUCCUUGCCAUGGGAGCAGUUCGCAUCAGUCCGGGACUUGAGGUCUCUCCGUAGUCUGGAAAUGUCGAGUUUUACGGAGAUCGAGUUUGAAGAACGGCAGUUGCAACUUGAGAAGGCUAGCAAUAUUGAGUCCUUGACAAUAGCAAACUUCGAAAAGCUCCAUAGGCUGCCACAAGACCUGCAUUUCCUCACAUUUCUAACCGAGAUGCAAAUCAAAGGGUGCCGGUCCUUGGUUUUGAUUUCAAUGAACAACUUACCCCCGGCUCUAAAGAGGUUAGUGAUUAUAGGUUGCACAAAUUUGCAGUGUUUAGUGGAUCAAGGAGAAAAUACCACCAUCAGUAAUACAUGUUCUCUUGAACACUUGGAAAUCAUGGUCUGUCCACUUUUAGUAUCUUUAUCAUUGCCCAUUAGGCUCCAAAUUCUCAUGGUUGCAAAUUGUUCGAGGCUUACUUCCUUAUCAUCAAGUGGCGAGUUACCCUCGGGGCUUAAACAGCUAUUGGUUAAGGAUUGCCUUGGACUGGAAUCUAUUGUGCAAGCAAUCCACGAAACAUCUUCUCUUGAACUUCUUGAAAUCUGUAGGUGUGGGAACUUUAAAUCUUUACCUCAAGGGUUAAACAAGCUCAACCAUGUUGAGAAGAUCAAUAUUUUGCUGUGUCAAAAUCUGGUUUCUUUGACAGCGAGUGGUUUACCGACCCGAAAGCUCGAAUCCCUUUGGAUUAGUGGCUGUCAAAGUUUGGCAGACCUUCCCAACGUGCAUAAACUCACUUCUCUGAAGAAACUGUCACUGUAUGAUUGCUCACCUGACUUGCCAUUUCCAGAAGAAGGUCUUCCUACAUCUCUAACAUCGAUUUCGAUCACAGUGCCUAAACUUUGUCACUCACUGCUUAAAUGGGGACUGCAUAAACUCACUUCUCUUAAAGAACUCUUCAUCGAUGGCCAGGAAUGUUCACAUGUGGUGACAUUUCCACCAGAAGGUUGUGUGCUGCCUCCCACUCUCACUGGUAUCACCAUUAUCAAUUUCGAAAACCUGAGAAGCUUAUCCACGACGGGGUUUCGAAAUGUGGACUCUCUUCGAGAAUUGUGGCUGCUCGAUUGCCCUGAAAUCGAAUCUCUGCCGGAAAAAGAUGUGCUUCUUUCGGUUUGGAAGCUAUAUAUUCGAAGGUGUCAUAUAUCGCUACUAGCUCAACUCAUAAUGAAUCAGGGACCAGAGUGGUUGAAGAUAUCCCAUAUGCCUGAAGUUAUUGCUGAUCGUCAAAGCAUCAUUCCAAAGGCAACUUGGGAAUAG